AUGUUCAAGAUCGAUAGAUGAGAAUCUAAAUGAAAAAACUCAACAGUGGAUAAAUUUCAUCAUCUCAACUCAACCAUUAGAUUAUUUUCUGCUAAAUAUACCAUACAAUAUCAGUCGACUCUACUCAAACAUAUCUCCAAUUUGUGCCGAAAAGAAUGACUUCAAGAGGUACUUCAUAUACAUUUGAAGAAGAUGUGCACCUUUGUCAGACAUAUCUCCAUACUUUCAAAGACCCAAACAUAGGGAAAAGUCAUUCCAAAGAAAACCUCUGGCGUCGAGUUGAAGUUGAUUAUAACAGCUCCAAGCCAGAAUUUAUCACUCAAAUUCGACCAAAAAGAUCUUUACAAUGUCGAAUGCAAGUUAUUCUAACUGCAGUUGGCAGGCUAAGAGGAUGCAUUCAACAGGCUGAAAAUCUAAAUCCAAAGGAUGCUUCAGAACAAAAUAUUUUAAAUCAAGCCAAAGUGUUGUUGGCAAAAGAUAAAAAUUACAAGAAAGGGUUCAAGUUUGACCAUGUGUGGCCCCUUCUCAAAGAUUCUGAAAAAUGUGCAAAUAAUAUCAACACCGCAAUAUCAAACAUUCAAAGGGAAAAUGAUACUUUUGCACCAUCACAAUCAAAGUCUCCUACUUCAGAAUCUUCCACAUCGGCAUCACUUGAAUUGUCAUCAUUUUCUCUUAAAAUAUUUGAUGAGAAUGUUGGCCAUUGUUCAACUCAACAACCCAAUGGAACAGACAAAGCAAACUCUAAAAGGAAAAAUAACGUUCAAAAUUCAGAUACUAUCGACAUUAUGGAACAAGAAAAUCGACAGCUUGCUGACAUGCUCAAGGAGAACAACUCAUAUAGGCAAAAAAUUUACCAAAUUCAAAUGCUACGAGCUCAAAUUGAGUCUAGAAAAUUGUCUUUGGCUGAAUAUCGUGAAGAAAAUAAAAUUUUACUAGCAGAUUUGAACUCUAUAACUGAUCCGAAAAUACGUGAGUUUUUUCUAAGUGAACAAACGCGAAUUAUGCAGAAAAGAUCUCAACAACAAGGUCAAGGAUCUCGACAACAAGGUCAAGAUUCAAAACAUACUUCUGACUAAUACUUCAAUGAUUUUGGAGGAUCCCGAAAUGAUCUCAGGUAAUAUGGAGUCAGAUUUUUAGUUUAUGUUAUUUUUUUUCUUUUUCUUAAUUUUAGUGAUUUCACUUUAUAACUAGUGCUAAUUUAUUUUAAUAAGAUCUAUUUUUGUAA